AUGGCAGUUAACAAGGGUCCAACCUUGCUGGAUGAAGACCGCCCUGAGCAGGAGAACGUGCUGCAGCGGGUCCUGCAGCUGCCGGUGGUGAGCAGCACCUGUGAGUGCUUCCAGAAGACCUACACCAGCACCAAGGAAGCCCACCCCCUGGUGACCUCUGUAUGCAGUGCGUACGAGAAGGGCGUGCAGAGCGCCACCAGCUUGGCAGCCUGGAGCAUGGAGCCGGUGGUCCGAAGGCUGUCCACCCAGUUCAUAGCUGCCAACGAGCUGGCCUGCCGAGGCCUGGACCACCUGGAGGAAAAGAUCCCGGCCCUCCAGUAUCCUCCUGAAAAGAUCGCUUCUGAGCUGAAGGACACCAUCUCUACCCGCCUUCGCAGUGCCAGGAACAGCAUCAGUGUGCCCAUCGCCAGCACUUCAGACAAAGUCCUAGGGGCCGCUCUGGCUGGCUGUGAGCUCGCCUGGGGGAUGGUCAAAGACACUGCCGAAUUUGCUGCCAACACCCGAGCUGGCCAGCUAGCCUCUGGAGGGGCCGACUUGGCCUUGGGUGGUGUUGAGAAGGUGGUAGAGUUCCUCCUCCCUCCAGCCAAGGAAGAGUCAGCCCCUGCUCCAGGACACCAGCAUGCCCAGAAACCUCCCCAGGCCAAGCCGGACCUCGUGAGCAGGGUUGGGACCCUGGCCAACACUCUCUCUCAACACACCUUCCAGACCACAGCCCGGGUGCUGAAACAGGGCCAGGCCCUGGCCAUGUGGAUCCCAGGUGUGGCGCCCCUGAGCAGCUUGGCCCAGUGGGGCGCAUCGGCGGCCAUACAGGUGGUGUCCCGGCGGUCGAGCGAGGUGCGGGUGCCCUGGCUGCACAACCUCACCGCCACCCGGGAGGAGGACCACAAUGACCAGAUGGACACAGAGGGGGAGGAGACAGAGGUGGAGGAGGAGGAAUCAGAGACGGAGGAGAACAAGCUCAGUGAGGGAGCAGCCCUGCCUGGCCCACAAGGCCUCCUGGGCGGUGUGGCGCACACCCUGCAGAAGGCCCUCCAGUGCACCAUCUCGGUUGUGACGUGGGCGCCUGCGGCUGUGCUGGGCACGGCAGAGUGGUUGCUGCAUCUCAUGCCAGCCCGUGCUGUCUCCUCCACCAAGGGCAGGGCCAUGUCCCUGUCUGAUGCCCUGAAGGGCGUUACUGACAACGUCGUGGACACGGUGGUGCACUAUGUGCCGCUCCCCAGGCUGUCGCUGAUGGAGCCCGAGAGCGAAUUCCGGGAGAUCGACAACCCGCCUGCCGAGGCCGAGAGCCCGGAGGCGGAGCGCAGGGGGUCCGGGGCGCCGCCCGCCGGCUCGGAGCCCGCGUCGCGCCCCGCGCCGUCCCGCGGCAGCCUGCGCAGCGCUCGGGGCCCGGGCGCGGAGGACCGAGUGGACACGGCCGCCGCGCCGCGCACCGCCUUGCCGGCCAUGCCCCGCGAGAAGCCCGCGCGCAGGGUCAGCGAUAGCUUCUUCCGGCCCAGCGUCAUGGAGCCCAUCCUGGGCCGCACGCAGUACAGCCAGCUGCGCAAGAAGAGCUGA